GCAACCACGAAACGAAUAGCAAAUUAGCAACCACGAAACAAAUAGUAAAUAUCGAUCACAGGCUGUUCACAAGCCUCGAGGCCCACGAGUCUCGAGGACGGAAACAAAUCGCCAGGCAACUCUGUGGCCUAGCGACCACCUCGGUGCGCGCGGCAGCUUUCUUUCACGUCUUUCACAUUUCUCGAUCGACCGCAGUUCGAGCAGGCGCGAUUGCCCGACACAACAGAGGCGACAGUCACGAUGGUGCGCGUCAAAUUUCGCUACCUGGUGGUCAACUUCCUCUACCCCGAACCAUCCUCGAAACAGCGCACCGCUCUCCCAGAUCUUGUUCAGAUCCACGCUCCCACACCAGAUGCCUUCAACGCCGCCGCGUUGGUGCGCCUUCUACGCGAUGCAGUCGAGGACUUGUAUGGCGACUACGGCAGUGGCAUGGUCUCAAGUAGUCUGAAAGUCAACUACUUCUCCCCCUCCACCUCGACGGCAAUAAUCCGUUGCCCGCGCGGCCACUACGCGAUGGUCUGGGCAGCCCUCACAUACGUCACAAAGCUCCCGAGAGUCGAUAUACCUGUCGUGUGCAGGGUGCUCAGAGUCAGCGGCACAAUCAGGAAAGCAGAAGAAGAAGUGAUCCGUAGGAGCCAGAAGAUCGUCAAGCGGGCGAAGGCAUUUGAUGGCAGGGGUGUUGAUCCUAUGCUGAGCAGUGUGGAGAAGAGUGUGGAGAAGGAGAGGAAGAGAGAGGAAGUGUUGGCUGUAGUUGACCAGGGUGGAGAGAGCGAGGAGAUGAGCGAGUGA